GGUCUCCUUAUUUAUCAGCUGUGCACUGGUUUAGCCUAAAGUUUUAAAACAUGAGGGAGUGCAUCUCUAUACAUAUUGGCCAAGCAGGAGUGCAGAUGGGCAAUGCCUGCUGGGAGCUUUACUGUCUAGAGCAUGGAAUCCAGCCAGAUGGAAUAAUUCCUAGUGAUAAGAGCGUUGCAAAUUCAUCUUUUGGGACUUUCUUCUUUGAAACUGGAGCAGGAAAACAUGUGCCUCGAGCAGUGCUUGUUGACUUGGAACCAAGCGUUAUAGGUGAAAUCAGAACUGGGCUAUACCGCACACUAUUCCAUCCAGAGCAGCUUAUUAGUGGCAAGGAAGAUGCUGCUAAUAAUUAUGCCAGAGGUCACUAUACCAUUGGCAAGGAGAUUAUUGAUACUGUUAUGGACAGGUUACGUAAAAUGUCUGACCAGUGCAGUGGACUUCAAGGGUUUCUAAUCUUUCACAGUUUCGGAGGUGGUACUGGGUCUGGUUUUACUUCCCUGCUGAUGGAGCGUCUUUCUGUAGAUUAUGGAAAGAAGUCAAAGCUAGAGUUCUCAGUUUAUCCUGCUCCACAAAUUUCCACUGCAGUGGUGGAACCUUACAAUUCAAUUCUGACAACCCACACAACUCUGGAGCACUCGGACUGUGCCUUCAUGGUAGACAACGAGGCAAUUUAUGAUAUAUGUAAGCGUAAUCUGGACGUUGAGCGUCCGUCUUAUACCAACCUGAACCGACUAAUAGGGCAGAUAGUUUCUUCUAUUACGGCCUCUUUGAGGUUUGACGGUGCAUUGAAUGUUGACUUAACAGAGUUCCAGACUAACUUGGUGCCCUAUCCCAGAAUACAUUUCCCGCUGGUGACCUACUCCCCAAUAAUUUCGGCAGAGAAGGCUUACCACGAGCAACUGAGUGUGCCAGAGAUUACAAAUGCUUGCUUUGAAUAUUCAAAUCAGAUGGUUAAAUGUGACCCCAGACGUGGUAAAUACAUGGCUUGCUGCCUGUUAUAUAGGGGUGAUGUGAUGCCCAAAGAUGUAAAUGCUGCAAUAGCUGCUAUUAAAACCAGGAGGUCCAUCCAGUUUGUUGACUGGUGUCCUACUGGAUUUAAGGUGGGAAUAAACUACCAGCCUCCCACUGCAGUCCCAGGAGGGGACUUGGCCAAAGUGCAACGUGCAGUCUGUAUGCUGAGUAAUACCACAGCAAUUGCAGAGGCCUGGGCUAGGCUGGACCAUAAAUUUGACCUCAUGUAUUCUAAGAGGGCUUUUGUACACUGGUAUGUGGGAGAGGGGAUGGAGGAAGGGGAGUUUUCUGAAGCCAGAGAGGAUAUGGCCGCUCUGGAAAAGGAUUAUGAAGAGGUGGGGACAGCAUCUGGAAAUGGUGGGGAUGAGGAAGAUGAUGAAUACUAAAGGUUUAAUAUGCUAUGAGAACUUGCACAGUAUGUAGCAAAACUGUGGAUGCAACUGAAUCACUGGCUAGGCAUUCCAAUGUUUUAAGGUCAUAAAAAGUAAUAUUUGAGGUUUGU